AUCCUGGGCGAGUUCCUGCAGGAGAAGCACCGCGGCCUCACCGCCCCUUUCCUGCAGCCCUUGGGGGGCGUUGCCGCCGGGGAAGAAGACGGAGCCGAAGGGCGGCGCAACGGGGGCCGGGGCAGUCGCGUCCUCCCGCAGCAGCCCGGCCAGGGCAUGUGUCUGUUGAAGAUGGAGGAGAAGUUCUCCCGCGGCCAGUACAGGGGCAUCACCGAGUUUGUGGCGGACUUCAGGCUCAUGCUGGAGACGUGCUACCGCCUGCACGGAGUCGACCACUGGAUCUCCAAACAGGGCCAGAAACUGGAGAUGCUUCUGGAGCAGAAGUUGGCGCUUCUCUCUCGGCACUUGAGAGAAAAGACAACGAUAGCAGUUACAUCUAGAGGCUAUUAUGGAUUGGAGGAGGAGAAGGGAACUGCAUGUACUUCAACAAGGCGCCGGUCAACACCUCGAAGUUUGACAGGUUUGACAAGUGGAGUGUUUGAGUCUAUAAUGGUUCAAGUUUUGAGACAGGAAGAACAGCUGAGAGCAAAAGAAGAAAAAAGGCUUCGGGAGCAAGAAAAAAAAGAAGCAGAAGAAGCUUGCCAGAAGGAAGUAGAAGAGUGGGAAAGAAAACUUCUUGCUCAAGCAGCGCCAGCCUGUAUGGAGAACAUGUGGGAAAUUCCAGCCAUUGGGCAUUUCCUUUGUUUAGCCCAACAGAUUCUAAACUUACCAGAAAUUGUUUUUUAUGAGCUGGAACGCUGUCUUCUGAUGCCUCAGUGUAAUGCCUUUCUGUCUAAAAUAAUGACUUCUUUACUAAGUCCUCCCCACCGCAGGCCGACCUUACAUCGAAGACCUGCUUUGCCUUACAGGACUUGGGAAGCAGUGCUGAGACAGACAGUACAACAGUGGUACACUGCUGUAGGACAGACUGAAAAUCCUGAUGACUGUGCUGAAAAACUUGGCUUGUGUCCUCAGUUUUUCAAGGUUCUUGGAGAAGUUAAUCCAUUGGAAGAAAAACCUUUUCACGAGCUACCUUUCUACCAAAAGGUGUGGUUACUUAAAGGGCUCUGUGACUUUGUGUAUGAAACACAGAAAGAAGUUCAGGAUGCUGUGCUUGGGCAGCCCAUUCAUGAGUGUAGGGAAGUCAUCCUUGGCUAUGACUAUCUAGAGAACGCUUAUGUGCACUUUCCACAAUUCUGCGGUGCAGAUGUACGGAUUUAUAAACAAAGACCCUUUCAGGCCCCAGAAUUUCCAGUUCCACCCAUUAAAGUCAAAAGAGUUCCUCGAAUUAAACUGGAGAAAUUCAAGUGUGACUAUGUAAGUACAAGUAAUGGAGAUCACAGAUGUAAUAGAGAAAGUCUGCCCUCAGCCUUCAAGAAAGAGCAGGAAAUUGAUUUUGGUCCAGCCCGUUGUCCUGCUAAAAUGAACUUUGAUAAUCAUGACAUCUCUGUUGAAAUGGAAGUAAAAUCCAACUGUGACAUUAAACUACACAGGCCCUGUGAAAUUGAAAAAACUGAUAGUUGUAAAGAAAAUUUGGAGAAGCCCAGAAGUCCAGGAGAAGUUACUGGCUUUGGAGAGCCACUAAGUCCAGGUGAAAUAAGGUUUAUAGAAAAUCAGGAAAAAUAUGGUGAAGCUUCCACAAUAAAGACAGAACCCAGUCCACUAAAAGAAAACGCUCUGAAAUCUUGCCAAAUUCAUAUAAAUGGGAGUCACAUCGAUCAUCAAGACAUUAACUGCCACAAAGUUGUGAGAGAUCUUUUGUUAGAGCACUCAUUGCAGAACCACAAAAAACUAAAACUAACUAAGAUGAGGACGAAAAAGAAGAAAAAGAAAAAAAAGAAACUGAAAGAUGUUUUAAAUGAAAAUUUACAAAGAAAGCGUGAAGGUCUUCAUUCUCUUGCCUUCAAGUCUUACAAACCUGAGAUCCAAAAUAAGUUAUUGAUCAUUAAAAAGAAAGGAAAACACAAGAAGCACAAAUCUGGAAAAAAAUCCGUAUCUAAAAAAGCAAUCACAAAGAAGAGGAAAACUGUCGCAAAGUCACCUGCUGUGCCGGAGUUUCAGCUUAUUUGCACUAAUCUUGAUGAACUCAGGGAAUUAAUCACAAAAAUCGAGAAUGAACUCAAAGAUCUGGAAAACAGUAGAAAAAAAUCGGAUUCCAAUGUCCCCAGCAUUAGUAGAUUGCCAACUCCCUCUUUACAGCACCCUAGCCAGUGUGAAGCUGGCAUUGUCAAACCCAUCCCAGAUUACUGCAGCAGGAUGGAGUUGUACUUUAGCUAUGAGGGCAAAUGGUACCAUCGGAGGCAAGCUGUAAAAGAAUUGCAUAGUACACUGGUACGCCUUUUAAAUGAAUUGCUGCCAUGGGAACCAAAGUUAAUGAAGGCUUUUCAGAGAAACAGAAGCCGCCUGAAGAAAGACUAUGAUGAUUUCCGAAGACAACCUGAUCAUGGUCAGUUCACUAGAGAGCUAUGGACUACUGAAGAAUGUGAAGGGAACCCUGAGAGAGAGCCUCCUACAGCAGAAAUCAGUAAGUCUGUAGAUGCCGCAGAACCUCUAGACAACCUGGAGAAAGAACACGUGGAUUCUGAUGAUAUGAAAUUGUCAGAAAUAGGCUAUCCUUUGGCCAGAAGCAAGUUGUUGAAAAAAGAAUUGUCUUCUAAAGAUGUAGUGAAGACACUGCCUAAAACACUUAAACGACAGUCUAAACAAAGCAGUUAUCUGGAUGAUAGCACAAAGGAGCUUUCCCCAAGGAAGAAAGCAAAGCUAAGCACAAAUGAGACAUCAGUUGAGAACUUGGAAGUUGAUAUGCAGAUUGACUGUUUGAAUGAGUCAAAACAUACAGAACUGCCAUUUUUGGAGUCAUUUGCCUCAAAGGAUUCAGUACCAGUGUCUACUCUCCAGAAAGGGACCAAACCUAUUCAGGCCUUGCUUGCAAAGAAUAUUGGGAACAAAGUGACCUUAACAAAUCAACUGCCCCCUUCCACAGGUAGAAGUGUUCCUGCUGUGGAAAAGCCAGCUCUGUCUCCUUCAGAAACAAGCCCCAUAAAGCCAGCAUUGAGCUGCCUUGCCGGUACAAAAGGACCUUUACAGAUGGUAUACAAAAUGCCCUGUGGUCAGUGGCUGCCAGUAGACCUUCACAAUAGUUCUGUCAAGAUUCAGAUGCAGCCUGUGGUGGAUUCUAAAACAGGAGAAAAGAUCAUGCAGCAAGUCCUAAUUCUGCCUAAGAAUUUUGUGAUUCAGCACAAAGAGGGAAAAGCAGUUGCAAAAGAGCUAGCAGCACCUCAGCAGAAGGGUGCAGAGCAAUGUUCCUUAGUGUCUGUUCCUGUCACCUCAGGAGGGACAGUUUCUACCCAACUGCCUAAUACAGUUUUUAGUAAGACAAUUACACCUUCAUCAAAUAUGAGUGCUAGAUCACAGCCUUUGUCACCUGUAACCUCUGUAAAUAAUGUAUUAGCAUCACCCGUUAAGACUAGCCAAAGUGAAGCAGGGAAAGUCAAGAAUGCAGUUUCGUCAGCCACAUUCCCCCAGCCUAUUACUUCACCCACCAUUUCCUCAACAGUUCAGCCUCUGUUACCAGCAACAACACUAAAUGAAUCUACAGAUCCUGGCACUUCCCUCACCUGUUUUUCACAGCAAACUGUUGAUUCUUCUGAGGCAAAGCAAGAACUAAAAACUGUAUGUAUAAGAGAUUCACAGUCGAUUCUUGUUAGGACUCGAGGUGGGAACACUGGAGUUGUAAAGGUACAAACUAAUCCAGAACAAAAUUCACCCAACAGUUUAUCUUCAAGUUCUGCUUUCACCUUUGCACCUCAACUUCAGGCAUUUCUGGUGCCGAAAUCAACAUCAUCCCCUGCUUUUUCACAAGGAGCUGGAAUGACUACUACAUCUACUCCCCCAUCUUUCAGCCAAACACCUACUUGUGUUUCUAUUUCAUGUGGCUUUCAUCCAUCCGUGGGGAAAAAUCUCAAACCUAUGUUAGGCCAACCCUCCAGCAGUGGCUAUGUGGGCCCAAUAAUAGAAAAAGCCUCAUGCAUGCCCUCUUCACCCAUGAAACCCUCCAUUUCUUCCAGCUCAAUGCUACCAUCAACAACAAAUAGUUCAGUUAGUGUAAUUAGCUUAUCAACAGGAAAUUUCGGACAAACCAAUACAAAUGUUAUUCAGACAUCAAGCAAAGCGCAACAAGUAGAUUAUUUCACAAAAAGUUACCAAGUUACAAGAUCAGAAGCAACGACAGCAAUAAAUGGAGAUGUACUCAGUGAGACUCCUGUUCAGAAACUCAUGCUAGUGCCAAGUCCAUCUGUUCUUCCUAGCAGUGCUCCUUCAGUUAAUAUGGCGCCAGUACCAACAUCUACAAGUGUUUCUACCCAGAAAGUUGUUUUUAUUAACGCUCCUGUUCCUAGUGGCACUGCAGCCUCAGCUAUUGUUGCAGAAUCAUUAAAACAGACACUUCCUCCUCCCUUGAAUAAAACUUAUGUUAAGACUCCAGAGCAACCCCAAAUAGUACUAAUUCCGUCUACAUUGGGAGCACCAAUAAAAAUCAAUUCUUCACCAACUGUGUCUCAGAUUAAAGAUGUGAAAAUCGGGCUAAACAUAGGUCAAGCAAUUAUAAACCCUCCAGGAAAUCUGCCAGCUAUAUCAUCAGUUAAUAUAUUGCAAAGUGUAAUGCCAAAAGAAGACAAAAGUAGUAAGGGCUAUGUUUCGCCCAUGUCAACAAGUGGUAACUCAGUCCUAGCAAGCUCAAGUAUUGUGAGUCAAAAUCUUCCUUCUGUUAAUGAGUCAGUGGUUUCUACAACAAGAGCUGCAAACAUGUUUUCAGGAACAGGAACAAAUGUACCUUUGAGUUCCCUUUCAGUGACCUCAUCCUCAGCUUCAUCUGUGACUCGACCUCCUGUUUUAGUCAGUGGAACUGACUCCUCUUCAAGAAUUAUGCCUGUUUUGUCAAAUAGACUUUGCACAUCAAAUCUUGGAAACACUGUAGCUAUAUCAACUGUGAAAACAGGACACCUUGCAUCAUCUGUUCUCAUUUCAACUACACAACCAACAGUGUCUCCUAAACCUUUGACAUCAGCAUUGCAAAUCCCUGUUACUGUUGCCCUGCCUACACCUGUGACUACAUCUCCAAAAAUAAUCAACACAGCUACACAUUCAGCAACAGUACCAGGAGCCACACACCCUGUAUCUCUUUCCAAAAGACAGUCUCGGACUUCUCUCCAGUUUCAGUCGCCAGGGACUUCAACUACAGUGCCAACAAAUGCAAACACAAAUAAACCUCAAACUGAAUUAUCAUCUCUCUCACCAAGUCCAGGUAAAAUAAUUAAUACUUCCAACGUUACUUCUAUACCAAACCAGCUUAUGUCCCCUUCAUUAGUAAAAACAACUUCUGGUAACAAUUCUACUGCAGGUGGCUCUGCCAUUCACACUGGUACACCACCAUUAAAUAUAACUAGUGUGGCAGGUGCUUCGUUCAGUGAACCUUGUGUUCAGCAAAAAAUAGUUAUCAAUACCAGUACACCUUUGGCACCAGGUACUCAAAUCAUGAUGAAUGGAGCCCGGUUUAUUGUUCCACCACAAGGUCUUGGAGCAGGUAGCCACAUCCUCCUUAUCUCUACUAAUCCAAAAUAUGGACCUCCCUUAGUACUUAACAAUGCCCAAGGUUUACCGGCAACACCAGUAGAUAAUCCUGUCCAGAAGAUCAUACAGACAUCAAAUCAUUCUCUAAGUGGUCAGCCUUUAAAGCCUUCUGUAAGAAACUCUACAAAGAUUGUAAACUGUCUGGGAAGUCCAAGUUCUCUCUCUGCAGUAUAUUCAACACCACAGAUGGUAAACACACCUGCUAAAGUUUAUGUCCCACCCGCACCAACGGUGCCAUUGACUUCAGUGAUUAAAUCCUCUCCAGCUACUCUUUUGGCAAAGACAUCAUUGGUUUCUGCCAUUUCUUCCAAUAAUCCUCCACUGCCAAGUAGCACAUCGGUAUUUCAUUUAGAUACCUCUGUCAAAAAGUUACUGGUUAGCCCAGAAGGAGCCAUUUUAAAUACCAUAAAUACUCCAGCAUCUAAGGUAUCUUCAUUGUCUCCAUCUCUUCCUCAAGUUGUUGUAUCUGCUAGUCAAAAUCCUGCCUCUGUCUUCCCUGCUUUUCAAUCAUCUGGUUCAGAGAAACCUGACAAAGCUGCAUCUUGAAGUUAGACAAAUGGAGCCAGUUUUUAAAUAAUGGGGCAUUGUUUUAACUCCCAUAAAAAUUUUAACUGUUUAUUAUACUGUUGAAAACAUAUUGUUCAUACUGUGUGUCUGUGUGUGUGUCUGUGUGUGUGUCUGUGUGUGUGUGUGUGGGUGUGUGGGUGUGUGGGUGUGUGUGUAUCUUCAUUAGCUUGCACAAGACUUUGUUUUCUUGGGGAGGGCAAAAUAUACCAUUUCACUCAUUGUUGUGAAGAUGUUUUCCAAGAUUCUUUGUUCAAAAUAUGUCAUCAAAAUUUACCUGUCUAUAUAACAUAAAUUGAACAAAGUCGUUUGACUAGUUUAAGUAAGCUAGCCUUUUCAUAAUUAUAUUGAUGUUUCUUCUUAAAUUUGGACUGUUGUGGUGUAUCUACAGUAUAGUAUUCUGUGUCAUUAGUGACAUCUUAUUUUUGUUUCUGUAAAAAUAUAUAUAGAUAUAUAUAUUUAUGCAUUAAGAAAAUGCAGUCCAUGGUGUAAAAUUGUACAUAUUCCUUAAAUCCCUAAUAAUCUGUACUAAAUAUAUGUACAAAGAACAAUACUGUCUUAUUUAUGUUUUGUUUACAUAAUGUAUAGUUUUUUAAGUAUUUUAGUAAUUUUGGACCAGUGAACUGUUAGCAACAAUGCAGAAGAAUCUGCAUAUAAUAAAACUGAGUUGCUGUAUUUCUUUGUUUGAAUACCAUUUUUAAAAUGUGUUCUUGUCUAUUGGAAGAAUACAUGAUACAAAUGAAAACAAUCCUUUAAAAAUGUGUUAAAAUUGGGAAGUAUAUGGAAAUAAUAGCACUUGCACAGGCUUUAUACUUACCAGAGCUUCCUUUCAUGUAUCUCAUUUGAUUUCCACAGUAAUCUUGGGAGCUGAGUGGUCCGUCCACACUUACCUGGUUCAUGGGGAGCAGAGCCAGGGCAUGAAUCUGAUGCUUCACACACUCUCCUUAGUUGUGCUUUACUUUUGUUUUGAAGUUUUCAUUCAAAAUUUUAUGGUUCCAGACAUUAAAGAAAAAAAAAUAGGAAAAAAAAACAAAACACCAAAUUCUGUAUUGACCAGAACAAAUGUGUGUUGUUUUCAGAUAAGAAUAUUUGGUUUAUGUCUAUACAUCCAAAACAUGUUUCUUAAAAUUUUUUUAAGUUUCUUUAUGACCCUAAGUAGGCCUGGAACUUUCCAUAUAGCCCAAGCUGGCCUUGCCUCAGCCUCCUGAGUGUACCAGGAUUAUAGACAAAUACUGCCAUGCCUUGCAAGACUUACUUUGUAAUAAUCUGGGUUCAUAAGAGGUUGCAAAAGCAAUGAAGAGUGGUGGUGUUACCCUUCACCUUCCUUCUCCACAUUUCUAUUUAAAUUGAGGUCUUGGUUCACUGUUACUGAUCUUCCAAAAUUAUGUUUAAGUACAUGAAUUUUUGUCAUUUGAAAUUAAAAGUGAGCAAAAAUAUUAGUGCUCUUUCUCCUUUUACUCAGAUUAUAGAGCAACUGCAUAAAUUGUAAUAAGCCGAUUCUGUUGCUCAGUUGGUUUGACUCAGGGCUUGACUUUGUAGAGCUUGAGAAUGUGCCUCGUUGUAAAUAAAAGGUAGCUUUGUACUUA